GUGGGGCGGAGAAUGACAAACAAGCCUCCUCUUAUCAGUUAGGAACCUACGAUAUUCAUGGCACGAGCAAAGUGCAAAGUCACCCACAAAUAAGACGGGUAGAAGAAAUUCUGGAGAAAAUAACGUGUGGAGGGUCUCUGUUAGAGAUUUCUAACCUAGAAAAUGAGUGAAAGAUCUGGGAAGUCUAACUCUUUAAAAAACAGUGAGAAUCAGGAAGAAAUGGAAAUAGAAACUCCUAAGGAAGAUCCAUCCCGGGUUCAGAAGCAAUCGCAAAUUGAACGACAGUUGAAAUGUCUGGCUUUCCAAAAUCCUGGACCACAGGUUGCUGAUUUUAAUCCUGAAACUCGAAAACAAAAGAAAAAAGCUUACAUGUCCCAGAUGAAUGGGUACUACUCAGCCACCAACAAGGCUUCAGUUAAAAAGUAUGAUAAGAAAGGAAAACUCCUGUGCAAUAAUAAAGAUCUGUGUGACUGCCUGGAGGAGAUCUGCCAAGGAUGUUUCUAUCCAUGCCCAAAAUGUGACUCCACAAAGUGUGGUCCGGAGUGCCGCUGCAACAGGAAGUGGGUCUAUGACAGAAUCCAAACAGAGACUGGGCGUAUUAUAAGCAAGCUGCCAUUUUAUGUCCCAGAUUAGUGAUAUUGGAUCCUCGGCAUGGGAAAUGUGUACAGUAGCUUGGUGGCCAUUUCACCUGCCAUUUAGGAAUAUUUUAGGUUUAGUAUUGGAUGUUUGAUUGAACAUCAUGUUCUGUGCAUAAUGCUCAUUAUUUCCUUGAAGAUGCUAGAAGAAUUUGUUUCAUAGCCUUAUACACAGGACAUAUAUUUCUGGUGGAUAUACACCUUCAACAUAUACAGGCAGCCCCUCACUGAACACAAAGUACAGUCAUAGGAUACAAUAGAGAGUGAUUAAAGAGACAUUGGGAUUCAUUUACUAAAGAAGACCUGGCUGUCCAGUGUAUGUAUGUUUAAUUAGCUUUGAUUCAAAAUGAAUACAGGCAUAACCCACUUUUAAGUACACAAUGGGGUUUAUUUACUAA